AUGUCGUUGAUCAUACCAACGCUUAGCUUAUAUAUGGAAGCCAAAUCUCGUGACACAGAUCAGUAUCACAUAGUUUUAUUCCCUUUCAUGUCAAAGGGCCACACUAUCCCACUCCUCCACUUAGCCCGCCUGCUCCUCCGCCGUCCCAAUUUCAUCGUCACCGUCUUCACCACUCCUGGAAACCUCAGCUUCGUAGCUAAUUCUCUUUCUGACACCACUGCCUUUGUCAUUGAUCUACCCUUCCCACAAAAUGUUCCUCAAAUCCCUGCUGGUGUUGAAAGCACCGAUCAACUCCCUUCUAUGUCUCUCUUUGCCCAAUUUGCCCUUUCCACUAAGCUCAUGCAACCCGACUUUGAAAAGGCAAUUGACACUAUACCUCGCAUUGGUUUUUAUGGUAUGUCCAUUUACUCCUGGUGCCUGUGUAAAGUUGUGGCUGAGCGUAGACUUCUAUUUGGUCCUGAGUCAGAUGACGAGCUAAUCACACUACCUCAGUUUCCAUCGAUUAAAGUCACCAGAAAUGAUUUUGAUUCAACUUUCACGGAUCCGGAACCAAACGGUCCUCUCUUUGAGUUCAACGUAGCGUCAAUCACAGCAGCAAUCAACAGUUAUGGAAUGAUCAUUAAUAGCUUCUACGAGCUCGAGUCAGCGUUUGCUGAUUACUUGAACAAAGAGAGCGGAAACAAAGUCUGGUGUGUUGGACCCCUAUGCCUGGUUGAUGCACCACGGGUAGUACAUGAACCGCACAAGAAACCCACUUGGAUUAAGUGGCUAGAUCAAAAGCUAGAGCAAGGAAGAUCAGUCCUAUAUGUAGCGUUUGGAUCUCAGGCUGAUAUCUCGCCAGAACAACUCAAAGAAAUAGCUACUGGGUUAUUGGACUCUAAAGCAAACUUCUUGUGGGUGAUAAGAGCCAAAGAGCGAGAACUAGGUGAUGAUUACGAAGAGAAGAUCGGGAAUAGAGGAAUUGUAGUGAGAGAGUGGGUUGAUCAAAGAGAGAUAUUGAUGCACCGAAGUGUGCAAGGGUUUCUGAGUCACUGCGGGUGGAACUCAGUGUUGGAGAGCAUAUGUGCAGGAGUGCCAAUUCUCGCAUGGCCCAUGAUGGCUGACCAGCCCUUGAAUGCACGAUUGGUAGUCGAAGAGAUAAAAGUAGGGUUGAGAGUUGAGACAUGUGAUGGAUCAGUGAGAGGAUUUGUGCAGUGGGAGGGUUUAAAGAGGAUGGUAAACGAGUUGAUGGAAGGAGUGAUGGGUAACGAUGCGAGGAAGAAGGUGAAGGAGUGCGGGGAGAUUGCCAAAAAAGCUAUGGAGGAGGGAAGCGGAUCUUCCUGGCGCACGUUAGACUGGUUGAUUGAUGAAAUUUGCAAUUCAAGGAAGACGUGA